UCCUGAAUCUACGUCCUCAGAAGCUGUUGAUUCUGUGAACCAGGUUUUCUUUUAUAUAGUGGUUGACAAUCUAGGAUGUUGCUCCGCAACCCUAAUUUGUUUCCUUCAGGUCUUACUUUCCUUUUCCAAAUAUACUUCCUCUUCUGGUAUCUUCAAAAUAUAUUUUUGCCUUCUUUUGAGAUAUUGUAAUGACUCUUUCCUUAGCUGCUACACAACUCGGUAAGUUUCACUUGCAUUACUUGGGCUGAAUGUGAGAAUCUGGUUCUGGCGUAUUUGUCUAUCAUCAAUAGAGUAAAAGUGAAAGACAUAUGCAACUUAUUGAUUUUAUUAAGAAAAUAAUCAGAUUUUGGGUUCAAUCAAUGUUCUUCGUCUUCGUAGAUAUGGAGCCAAAUAUUGAUUAAUAAUUUGUGGGUAUGGGCAACUGGAUAACCUGCUGCGUCCGUGCGCGGGAGAAAGUUGCAGGAAUCCCUAACGCUGGAAGCUUAACGUUUGCCAACUCCAGUGACUUUGCAUACUAUUCAGGAGCCACAGAAUAUUCUCUCCAAAGCAGUCACCCUUUGCCUGUUCCAACUGUCUCAGACCACAAUUCUACUAGGAAAAAGAGAACAGGGAUUGUACCAAGUCCAAGAUCUGAGAGUGAAAUAUUGUCAUCACCUUAUCUAAGAGCUCUUUUGCUCUCUGAACUUGCAAAGGCUACCAGCAAUUUCCAUCGUGAUUGCCUUCUUGGCGAAGGAGGAUUUGGUUGUGUUUAUAAGGGAUGGCUAUGCGAGGAGACUCUUACUGCUGCAACACUUGGAUCAGGACUCGGAGUUGCAGUAAAAAAGCUCAAGCCUCGAGGUUUGCAGGGCCAUAAGGAGUGGCUGUCAGAAGUGAAUUAUCUUGGGCAACUUCGUCAUCCAAACUUGGUUAAGCUCAUUGGAUUCUGCUUGGAAGGUGAAAACCGGCUUUUAGUAUAUGAAUUUAUGCCUAGAGGGAGCUUGGAGAACCAUUUGUUUCGAAAGAGUGCAUCAAUUCUUCCCUGGGCAACAAGGAUUAAAGUUGCUAUAGCUGCUGCUCGAGGACUUUCUUUUUUGCAUGACGCGGAACCACAAGUUAUAUAUCGUGAUUUUAAGGCUUCUAACAUCCUUUUAGACUCGGAAUUUAAUGUGAAACUUUCAGAUUUUGGCUUGGCGAAAUCUGGUCCAACUGGCGAUCAUUCUCAUGUGUCUACUCAAGUUAUGGGUACUCAAGGAUAUACUGCUCCUGAAUAUCUUGCUACAGGUAAACUAACAGCCAAAUGUGAUGUUUAUAGCUUUGGGGUUGUUCUACUUGAGCUGCUUACUGGUCGUCUUGUAAUGGACAAAAGGAAGGCUGGUGCAGAGCAAAAUCUGAUAGAGUGGGCAACGCCUUACUUGCAUGACAAGAAAAAGUUGUUCAGGAUUAUGGACACCAAGUUAGAAGGGCAAUAUCCUCGAAAAGCAGCUACAAUAGCAGCCACUCUUGCAUUGCAUUGUGUACAUCCUGAAGCAAGGAGAAGACCAGAUAUGUCAUUUGUGUUGAGUGCUUUAGAACAGAUUCCUUCUAAAUAUAUGUCUGGUCGUCCAUUCGGGGAUCGGAGAAAGAUGUCUAAGUCUCGACACAAAUCUGAAUCUCCAUUUCCAGGCAGUGUUAGGACAAAACAUGCCUCUCGUGUUUCAGAAGGUACAAAAUCCCUAUGAGAACGAUGAAAAUUCUCAGCUCUCAAUGUAAUUGAGUUUUUGGCUCAUUAUUUUUAAUUUUGUCAUUUUGUAUCAUACUUAUUUCAAAGUAGCAACUCAUACCAUCGUGUAUAUAUCUGUUACUAUUAACUAUACCACAUGAAUUCGGCCAAA